AUGCUGUCGGCGUCGAACCAGACUCCCACCCUUCCUCUGCCAGUUCCCUUCUUCCUCUACAACGAUGUCACGAUCCUUCACGGACUCAUGGGUCAUUGCCUGAAGCGGAAGAAAAGAAGGCUAGAGAAGCGGAGCCGCUGGACCACGGCUGCUGUCGACCUGCGCUACGACGCCAGUCUGGGAGCUGUCCACGAGUUUGCAGCCGCCAAGUACUUUGCCCGGAUGAUGAUGACCCACCCCUGGCGAACCUUCGAGCCCGCGGAGGCCGAAGUGUUCAUUAUCCCGAUUGACGUUGACCCGUCGGACCUGGAUGAAGACGACUCGCAGAUGUGUGGACCGCAGAUGUAUGAGCAGCAUCUGUUCGAGACCAUGCGUCUUGUGUUUCAGCAGUCGCAUAUCCGCAAGAAGAGUGGCGCGGAUCACUUCUGGAUGAUGUCGGCCAGCUAUCCCGAGCGCCUGAUCGAGAAGUUUGCCCCGACCAUGGCCGAGGCCCUGCGGACGGCGGCCCACCUCCACUUCAUGACGGUCGGGGUGAUGGAGCUCUUCCCCGGCCGCUCACUGAAGGCUACUCCGCUCGAGGGCUCGGACCUCUAUACGCUGAAGGGUGAUCUCAGGAAGCGGCCCUGGCGAUGCUCCCUGCCGGUACCCUUCGUGCAGAGCUUUCCGUUCUCCAAGCAUGAAGCCGAGCCCUUCGAGGCCUGGACGAAGAGGAGGUACAUGUUCUAUCACCAGUUCUCAGGCUUCUACCAGGACGAAUACUCAAGAAGCUUGCGAGCCCAGGCUUUGAAGGUUCCGUCCGUUGCUCGACGCCCCGCGCGGGUGUGGGUUGGCGACAAAUUUGUGCCGAGUAGCGAACUCCAGCGUGGCUUCCAAAGCAGCCGGUUUUGCUUUGCGAUCGCGGGAAGGAAUGGAGGCCCAACCCGGAAGUUCUACGAUGCGGUUCUUCACAACUGCAUCCCUGUUGUCGUCAGCGACCAGUGGCUCUAUGCUUUCGCACCGUUCGCAGGGCAUAUCAGGCAUGAAGCCUAUGCGGUGUUCAUCCCGGAGGAGCAGUGGAUGCGAAACUUGACAGGUGUUGUUCGUCGACUCGAGGCCAUGCCACGUCGCGAGCUGGCUGCGCGAUACCAGGCCUUGCUGGAGGUGGCCCCACUUCUGAGCUAUGAUCGUCCUGACAGCCACGCUCUGGGGUCAGUGCUGCUUUGGGAGCUUCGCCAGCAGUGUGGCACGCAACAAGGCCCUGUGCGUGACGAAAAGCUGUACCCGGUGGAUGUGCCGCUGCGGCGCCUCCGGCCCACCUCCCCUCUGAAUGGAUUGCAAGUUGCCGAGGAGCUUUUCCGGCAUCCUACACAGCUGUCGUGGAAAUGGCAUCAUGAUCCAGCGACCACAUCUGACUUCAUGGGGUGA